GUUGUCAUUGUUGGCAUCCAUCGAGAGAGGUUCGGCGGAGCACUACUGGGCCUACGAAUAAGCUACUGUCAACUUAUUCUCUUCUCUUUAGUCUCUACAUGUGGUGUCAUCUCAACAUCAAAAUGAAGUUUGCAGCUUAUCUAGUCCUGUGCUUUUUGGCAACAUCAGCCAGAGCCCAGACUGAAGGUGCAAAUGUGCGACUGGUUGAUGGAAGUUUUUCAAACGAAGGAAGGGUUGAGGUUUACGCCAACGGAGGAUGGGGUACUGUGUGUGAUGAUUUGUGGGAUGAUACAGAUGCUACAGUUGUUUGUCAAAGUCUCGGCUUUGAGUCUGGAACAGCAAACACCAACGCUUACUUCGGAGAAGGUUCAGGUGAUAUCCUGCUCGAUGAUGUAUCAUGUACAGGAGCUGAAUCUUCUCUUCUGGAAUGUUCUAAUGCUGGAAUCGGCUCUCAUAACUGUGGACACCAUGAGGAUGCGGGAGUCACAUGUACACGAGCAGUGCGACUGGUUAAUGGGCGUGAUUCAUACGAAGGAAGAGUUGAGGUCUACGCCGACAGAAGAUGGGGUACUGUGUGUGAUGAUUUUUGGGAUGAUACAGAUGCUACAGUUGUUUGUCAAAGUUUUGGCAGUGAGUCUGGAACAGCAAACACCACCGCUUCCUUCGGACAAGGUUCAGGUGAUAUCCUGCUAGAUGAUGUAUCAUGUACUGGAACUGAAACUUCUCUUCUGCAAUGUUCUAAUGCUGGAAUCGGCACUCAUAACUGUGGACACCAUGAGGAUGCAGGAGUAACUUGUUCACCAACAGUGCGACUUGUUGAUGGAAGUGCCCCAAACGAAGGAAGAGUUGAGGUUUACGCCAACGGAGGAUGGGGUACUGUGUGUGAUGAUUCUUGGGCUGAUAUAGAUGCUACAGUUGUUUGUCAAAGUCUCGGCUUUCAGUCUGGAACAGCACACUCUAACGCUCAAUUCGGAGAAGGUUCAGGUGAUAUCCUGCUCGAUGAUGUAUCUUGUGAUGGAAGUGAAACUUCUCUUCUGGAAUGUUCUAAUUCUGGAAUCGGCGUUAAUAACUGUGGACACUCUGAGGAUGCGGGAGUCACUUGUUCACCAACAGUGCGACUGGUUGGUGGAAGUGCUUCAAACGAAGGAAGGGUUGAGGUUUACGCCAACGGAGGAUGGGGUACUGUGUGUGAUGAUUUCUGGGAUGAUACAGAUGCUACAGUUGUUUGUCAAAGUCUCGGCUUUGGGUCUGGAACAGCAAACACCAACGCUCACUUCGGAGAAGGUUCAGGUGAAAUUCUGCUCGAUGAUGUAUCUUGUGCUGGAGGUGAAACUUCUCUUCUGGAAUGUUCUAAUCCUGGAAUCGGCACUCACAACUGUGUACACCAAGAGGAUGCGGGAGUAACAUGUUUAGCAGUACGUCUGGUUGACGGUUCCUGUGCCGGCGAGGGUAGAGUCGAGGUUUUCUAUGACGGGGUCUGGGGGACCGUUUGUGACGACCUGUGGGAUGAUACAGAUGCGACCGUUGUCUGUCAAAGUCUUGGGUACACAUCCGGAAUAGCGGUAGGAAAUGCAGGAUUCGGAGAAGGGACUGGGGAGAUACUUCUUGAUAAUGUAGAAUGUGCAUCCACUGAUACCGACAUCUUUGACUGCCAAAGCAAUGCUAUCGGAGAUGAUAAUUGUUCCCAUUCUGAAGAUGCGGGAGUGACGUGUUCUUAAAGAAGAUGAUUGAUUCUGGAAGAUCUUGUGUCCACUGAGCUCCAACCAAAAUUGUUCGGACUCCAAUUUGGUGCUUCGGUUUAUCAAUUUUAAAAUUUUCUCUCCUUUUCCUUUCUCUUCCGCAUGGUAUACAGUAAAAGAUUAUCUUGAUAUUUACAUUUGGUUUUAAUUGUUGGUACAAGGUUUGCUUUAGAUUUAUAGUUAUGCUUACUUGAAUUUAUUGCAUCUUGUAUAGGCCUCUACUACCAAACCCUAAGCUGGCAAUGUAUACAUUUUGAUCCAUGAACAUUUUACCUUACCUUUACCGAAUUUCAUGGAAUAAUAAUCAAGCACGGUAAAUCCUCGUGAUGUAAAACUAUGGAAGAUCCAGGAUUCUCCAGGGGGGCACAUUUUCCCGAGAAAAAAUGUGACGAGCAAAAAAGUAUGUAAACAAAAAAGUAAAAUUUUCAACCAAAAUUAAAAACAAUUUGCUUAAGAAAACAAUUGACAAUUAAAGAAAAAAAAUGCCUUCACUUUUGACCUGGAUCCGCCAGGGGGAGGAUGUCAUUGUAUGACACCCAAAGUAAGUAAGACAAUGAUUUGAUAACACUCACGAUGAAUUAGAUUUACAUUUAUGAACGAGUACUUUACUUUUCCAUAAUCGUCACAGUGACCCAAAUGAUAAAAUAAAAAAAUUCUGCUUUAUUAGGUGUAAAGAUUUAUCCAUUACAUAAUCUCUAUCGUUCCGUAUACAAAUAAACAAAUCAUUAAUGUAAUAUCCAAGGAGCUAUAUUGACGGUAAACGUGUAUAAAAACAAUUAAUCACGGAGCAAAAUAUUACUUAAAUGAAAUAACUAACGAAUUAAAAAAUCAACAAAAUAAUGUUGAAUCUUUUGAAGUCAAGGUCGACCUGGUCCUCGUAACAAAAGGUUAGUAAUUAAUCGCUAAUUUGAAAGAAAAUGUUUGAUUUAUAGUCGUCAUUCAGUCAUGCAACGGUAAUCUUGAUGGGCCAUUUAAUUUAAAUAGCUAUAAAAGUAAUUUCUUAUUCAUUUCGGAUGGUUAGAAACAACAUUCAUUGCCAUUAAUGGAGAUGUCCAAUUAUGACGCCCAAAUUGUAGGCAUGUCUCUUCUUUUUUUUUGGGGGGGGGGGUCUGAUUUCGAUUCAUUGAUCAGUUAAUGUCAUCGUAAAAUCCUGAGUUCUUGACUAAAUAAUUCGCAAAAAUGAUUGUUCAAUUAUUAAGAUUUAUAUCUUUUUCUUCUGUAAAUUCCAUUAAACUCUUUCUUUUCCGCGAGUGUUUGUGUGGUAACUUAUAGUUGCAUAAUAAAAUAUUUGCUAAGUGUAGUAUAUCUUAUGAACGAGAACAAAUUUUUAUAUGAUCUUUUGGUAACUUUGGGAAUAAAGUCUGUCUGCAUUACA